GAUUUGUGGCUGGUUAUAUUCACCUAGAGCAGCUCCUUCUUCUGUCCUUCAGCCUCGAAGGGCCAUGGCUACCUUCUUUACAUCCCCCACCUUCCUCACCAACCCACUCACAAGGCCCCAGCUCUCGUGCUCGCAAGCGCCGCGCAAUCCACCUCCUCAAGCACAGCAACCCAUCCAAUCUCCGUCGCAGCCUUCUUCCCCACCCCCUCCUCCGCCAGCCGCCAAGCCUCAGCAGAAGCCAAAGCUCGCUGCUGAAUCCACCGAUUGGAUCGCCUCCUCCCUAACCAGAAGGUUCGGCCUCGGCGCCGGUCUCGCUUGGGCUGCCUUCCUCGCUGUCGGGGUCGUCUCCGAGCAGAUCAAGACUCGUUUCGAAGCCUCUCAACAGGAAGCAAACACCAAGGAUGUCGAGAAAGAGGAAGAGAUUGUUCUGCCAAACGGCAUCAGAUACUACGAGAUGAGAGUGGGAGGAGGGGCUGUGCCGAGGACGGGAGACUUGGUGGUGAUCGAUCUCCAAGGGAGAGUGGAAGGAAGCGGAGAGGUGUUCGUGGACACGUUUGAAAAGGGGAAGAGGCCACUCGCGCUGGUGAUGGGGUCGAGGCCUUACACCAAGGGGAUGUGCGAGGGGGUGGAGUACGCGCUGAGGACGAUGAGGGCCGGGGGGAAGAGGAGGGUGAUGGUGCCCCCCAGCUUGGGGUUUGGAGAUGAGGGUGCGGACUUGGGGCCGGGGGUCCGGAUACCUCCUGCUGCUGGGCUUGAAUAUGUCGUGCAGGUGGACAGGGUCUCCAUCGCACCUUCGUGAGCCGUGAAGCUCCCCAGACUGGUGUUCAUGCAUUCAGUUUUGGCACGCUAGGAUGUGUCAUGGGAGUUGUUGGAUUUCUUCUACGAAUGCUAUUUUGAUUUCUCUCCCUUAUUAUUAUUGCACAAAUUCAAUGCAUCUAAGAUUACAUCUUCGUCGUUAAUUUGCUUUGAUAUAUCAGAUCAUAUAGCUGAAAAGCUCGUCACCUUUGAGUAA